CGUCGUAGAGAUGGUAUUACUCUGUGGACUCGUCUUCCUCCUGUAAACCCUGCUGAAACCCAUUUGCCCACAGACGGAGCGCAGCAAAAGAAUAAUGGUCAGGAGCAGGAGGAGAAGAUGAGCAAGAAGCAAUGGCUCCCUCGCCUGUCAUGUGCCCUUUCGCGCGCUUACUCUUCCUUUUCUGCUUCUUCAUCCUCACCACCGUCGACAUCGUUCCCUCUCAAGCAUGUGACGAAGUCCAACUUCGAAUCCGCGCUCGCCGAGCUCAGAGCCCAUGUACGCGCCGCCGAUUUCGUCGCCAUCGAUUUGGAGAUGACCGGCGUCAUCAGUGCCCCCUGGAGGGAGUCCUUCGAGUUCGACCGAUUCGAUGUUAGGUAUCUCAAGGUCAAGGAUUCCGUUGAGAAGUUCGCUGUCGUUCAGUUCGGCGUUUGCCCUUUCCGUUGGGACUCUCAACGACAAUCCUUCAUAGCUCACCCGCAUAAUUUCUUUGUUUUCCCACGCGAAGAGCUUCUCUCCGGUGGCCCUUCUCCUGAGUUCCUCUGCCAGACAUCAUCCUUGGAUUUCUUGGCCAAGUAUCAGUUCGAUUUCAAUACAUGUAUUCGUGAAGGGAUAUCUUAUUUGUCCAGAGGACAAGAAGAUGAAGCAUUGCGUCGCUUGACUCUCCAUUGUAAGAGGUUAUCAGACUUGUCGAAGGACUCUGAAGAUGGGGAAGGCACGCCAUUGGUUAAUUUUACUGAUGUUCUCUUCUCCAAACGAAUGAAGGACAAAUUGAGCGAGUGGCGUUCUGGGUUGUUGCAUUCCACUAGAAAUGCUACUUCCCAGUGCCAUGACAUGUCAAAAGGUUCAAAGCAACAAUUUCAGACUGUUUUCUUUAAGAUGCGCCCGGCUGUCACUCUGAAUGGUUUCACCUCUCAUCAACUUAAUUUGAUCCGGAUGGUCACCAAGAAAUAUUUCAAAGAUCUUGUUUUCAUUCGUGCCAGUGGUGAAAACUCUUGUUCGGAACAAUUCGUCGUGUAUACAGACACAGAGAGUGACAAGGCUUUAUUACUGACAGAGGUCAAGAACGAAUAUCAUAGAGAUGCAGAGAAGAAGAUCAAAGCUGCAAUUGGGGUUCGCCAUGUUAUAGAUCUUCUUUCUUCUGAGAAAAAGUUGAUUGUUGGUCAUAAUUGCUUCUUGGAUAUUGCACAUGUAUACAGUAAGUUCUUGGGUCCUCUCCCUUGCACAGCUGAAGAGUUCGUUUCAUCAUUGAACAAGCAUUUUCCUUACAUUGUCGACACCAAAAUUCUCUUGAAUUCGAGUGAUGUACUGCAAAGAAGGAUGAAGAAAGCAAGCACUUCUUUGUCCUCGGCCUAUCUUUUACUUUGUCGACAGAUUACUUUGGGCGUCGAUAAAGGAUCCGACUCGGGUUCUUCCCCAAGCGUGAAAAUUGAGGUGGAGAUGGAUGAUACUAGGUCUACAGACUGGAAUUCAGGAGCCAAACAUGAAGCAGGAUAUGAUGCUUUCAUGACUGGUUGCAUCUUUGCACAGGCAUGCCAUCAUCUCGGUGUUGACUUCAACCAGCAUUCACCAUCUCCAUUGAACUUGGCUCUCAACGAGAACCUCCAGAAGCACAUCAAUCGCCUCUACUUGAGCUGGUUCAAUUGGAACAUCAUCGAUUUAAUCACCGGAAAGCAGAUAGAUGCUGUUGGAUCUAAUAGCAGUCUGAACAAGCGAUUCUCCAAAAUUGUGUUUGAGAAUGUUGUUCUAAUCUGGAGGUUCCCUUCCAAGCUCAAGGCAAUGGAGAUAAAUGAGUGCCUAUGCAAAGUCUUUGGUCCAACCUCGGUUGCCUCGGUCUUUCGAGUGGAUGAAAGUGCAGUUCUGGUUCAUUUCAGCAAGCCAGAGUUUGUUUCAGAUUUUCUGCUUCUGAAAGAAACCUUGGAAGGGAGCAAUGAUGUGAUAUCAGCUGUGCAUCCUCUGUCGGGGAUUCUGGAAGGUGGGAAGACGGGCGCUGCUAAUUACGAGACAUAUAAAGAGAUAUGCAGGUCUCCGGUCUCCAUGGCUCUGCUUGCCGAUUCAGCAGAUGAUGUUGUUGGGCUGGGAUGGAGGAGGAAGAAGAUGGUUUCGGUGGGCAAGGGGGAGAGUGGGAAUGAAGGAAGAACAAGUGUUGGUGAAGAAGUAUACGAGUCGAGUGGUAGUUGUUUGUCACGUGAUGUUGUUGAGGUGGAAGAUAUGAGAGCUACUCAUAUGUGAAUGUGACCUCUCCUUCACAAUAGAAACCAUUUGGGGAAGGAUUCUGUAUGUAGAAGAACAAUUGGAAUGGAAUGUUGUGCAUAGCAACAUAAUGCUUGUGUAAGUAGAGGAUUUAGGAUGUAGCACUGGUUGAUUAAUAGCAUAAAUAUAAAAAAGAGGAAAUUUCGACAUUGGCCAUCCCGAAUGCUUUUUCGCGACAUAUUCUUCUUCAAGAACCAAAUGGAAUGAAUUCAAGAUUCAUUU